AUGGCAAAAAUUCAUAUAAAUUUUAAUAAUAUUAUAUUAGUUGUUUUGAUCUUGGUUGUUUUAAUGGUAUAUACUAGUACCGGUUUUUCAAAUUAUGACAGAAGAAUUGAUUUGAGGAAACGACAAAAUACUGCAAAAUCACCAAGUCAGCCGAUCAAUACACCAGCGUCUGCUCCCAAAAGCUCUCCGGCUCAAGAUACACCGGCUGCUCCAAAAAAUCAAAAUACGCCUGUCCAAAAUACACCUGUCCAAAGAGCACCUCAAAAUACACCUGUCCAAAGAGCACCUCAAAAUACACCUGUCCAAAAUACACCUCAAGAUACACCUGUUCAAAAUACACCUCAAGAUACACCUGUUCAAAAUACACCUCAAGAGACACCUGUCCAAAAUGCACCUCAAAAUACACCCGUACAAAAUAUACCUGUCCAAAAUGCACCUCAAAAUACACCUGUUCAAAAUACACCUGUUCAAAAUGUACCUCAAAAUGCACCUCAAGAUACAUCCGUCCAGAAUACACCUCAAGAUACAUCCGUCCAAAAUACACCUCAAAAUACACCCGUCCAAAAUGCACCUCAAAAUACACCCGUCCAAAAUGCACCUACCCAAAACACGCCUCCAAAUACACCCGCCCAAAAUGCACCAACACAAAAUGCACCGGCUCUGAACACACCAACACAAGAUGUAUCUGUUCCAAAUGCACCGACACAAAACGCGUUUCCAAAUACACCAACACAAGAUGCAUCUGUUCCAAAUACGCCAAUUCAAAAUGCGGCAUCAAAUACACCAGCAUCUGUUCCAAAUACACCAACACAAGACGCAUCUGUUCCAAAUAUACCAACACAAAACGCAGCUCCAAAUACACCAACACAAAACGCGGCUUCAAAUGCACCAACACAAAACGCGGCUUCAAAUGCACCAACACAAAACGCGGCUUCAAAUGCACCACCUCAAAAUGCGGCUCCAAACACGCCAACUCAAAAUGCGGCUCCAAACACGCCAACUCAAAACGCGGCUCCAAAUUCGCCAACUCAAAAUGCGGCUCCAAAUAUGCCAACUCAAAACGCGACUCCAAAUACGCCAACUCAAAACGCGGCUCCAAAUGCGCCAACACAAGACGCAAUUUCAAAUACACCAACACAGGAUGGAAAUACUGGUAAUGUAACACCAACACAUACUAGAGCUACAGAAGCAAAUAAAUUAGUUGUAGCUCGAACGACAACAAUUCAAAAUGUUUGUAAGGAAUCUAUUAAUUGUACACCCGAUCCACCGGGCAAAGCUGCUACAGGACAAAUUUUCUCUUCAACUAUUCCACCAGAUACUUCGAUUGUUACUCAAACUCCUCAAAAUGAAAAUCAAAAAACUAUAACAAAAUUCACCCUAAGAACAUUUACAUCAACAAUUACUCAAGUAUUUCCAGGUUAUACAACUGUUGUUACCACACAGCAACCUGACGGUGAAUUUGCUUCAUAUACUACUUAUGUCCCACCGAGCACCGUUGUUUUAUAUCAAUUAGUUACAGGCGCUAUAGCAGAUGAUUCAACUGAUCCAUUAGGAAUAAGUGGUUCUAAUAAUAUAAAAAACAAUGGUCUAUUUGGUGUUUCUAUAAGUUUAAUAGUUGUAGGAAUAACCAUGACUUGUAUGAUUUUUAUGUAA